AAAUGUCCCAACAUUUCCGGAAUUCGGGUUGUAAGUACUAAGUACCUACUCAAGAGAGUAUGUGAUUUCGGAUGCAGCCAGGGACUGCAAUCAAACAUCUAACAGCAGCUGCAGCAACACAAUGACCUUCCCGAUUGGCUCUUUUAUUUAGAAGGUGGGAGAUAUUCAGCCAUAUUGCACUUUCUACCAUUCAUAGUAAUAGGAGUGAACCGCCUUUGUAUAUCUAAAGUCUUUGGUAGACUUUCGCAGGGGUUUGUAUCAUUUCAAAGCCUAAAUUUUUAUUGUUAAAUCCAGACCUGAAGCGAACCUGAAGUGCAGUUUUUUUACCUGAAUCAACUGUACAGUUAUGUGUGAUUAUGAACCAAUGAGAUUUCAUUGUGGGUAGGGCUAUCAGAAAGUUGAAAGGCACUAUUUGAAUUUUUUAUGGCACACAAGUAUGAGUGUACCUUCUGUAUACCUUCUGUAUAUCUCUAAUUGCUAAUACGUGAACUGUUGUUUUUUGUUGACUUUCUUGUGAAACUGUAAGACUGAUAAUAUCUCUUGUUCUAACUCUCUUUUUUUCCUCUUCUUCUUCUUCUUUUUUUUUCUUUUCUUUUGAUUAUUCAUGCAGGAAGGAAAGGGACGUGGUAGUAAUAAUCAGUUGUUUAUUCUCACAAAGCUGUCAGAACUCAGCCAGCAAGUAUCGGAUAAUUUCCACUGAAUAAUUCCUAAACCCCAGACAAGCAGGCCUGAUAAAUCUCAGUAAAAUCACAAAAGAUAAAACGUUGGCAGCCAAACUUCUUAAACAUGGAAGUUACUACAGAGUACACAUACUAUGAAUUUGUAACUCCCUGCCCGGACACCAUACAUCAUCUGAACAGCACGGUUUUGGUCCUAGUCUACAUCAUAGUCUUCUGUCUGAGCUUGCUGGGUAACACCGUGGUGAUACUCGUGGUGUUUUUCAUGGAGAACCGCAGGACGUCUACUGACGUAUACCUGAUGCACCUGGCCAUAGCCGACCUGCUCUUUUCUUUGACCCUGCCGUUCUGGGCCACCAACCUUCAUGUCGGCCGCUGGGCGUUAGGCACUGUUAUGUGCAAGCUGCUAUCAGGCAUUCAGGAAACCACAUUUUACUGCUGCGUCUUCCUGCUGGCAUGCAUUAGUGUUGAUCGCUACCUGGCCAUCGUGAAAGCAACCCAAUUCCUCAACCAGAAACGCCAUCUGGUUGGCAUAGUGUGUGCGUUGGUGUGGCUAUGCGCCUUUAUUUUGUCCAUUCCCGUAAUUGUGAAUCGCGAUGUCUUUCCACUCGCCGAAGGCAUGGAGUUGAUGUGUCAUGACAAUGUGACAGCGGAAAACAUGGACAACUGGAGGUUGACCCUACGGAUUCUCCACCACACUUUGGGAUUCUUCAUACCGCUCGCCGUGAUGGUGUUCUGCUACGGUUUCACCGCGUGUAAGCUUUGCCACUCACGCAACAGCCAAAAGCAGAAGGCCAUGCGGGUCAUCUUGUGCGUCGUUCUGGCUUUUAUCAUCUGCUGGUUGCCCAAUAACAUCACAGAGUUCGUAGACAACCUGAUGCGAGCUGGUGGAGUGACGGAAACGUGCAAGAUGAGAGACAGGAUAGAUGUGACCUUGUAUGUCACAGAGGCGAUAGCUUUCACCCACUGUGCAAUAAACCCCAUCUUGUAUGCCUUUAUUGGGAAGAAAUUCCGCAACCAGCUCCUGACUUCUCUCUUUAAGAAAGGCCUGUUAGGUAGAGACGUGAUGUCGAAAUAUCGUGUGGGUUCUGUUUAUAGCUCCGGGAGCACUAGACACACGUCAGUGACGCUGUAGUCAACUGUAGUUCUGUUAUGAGGGUACAAAAGCCUUUUGCUUCUGUUAAAGAAAUAGUUUAGACACAAAUGCAAAUUUAGUCAUUAUUUACUUAUCCUUGUUAUAAAAAUACAGAGUUUGUAACAUAAUAGGGGUGAGUAAAAAUGACAAUUACCAUUUUUGAGUGCACUGCUCCUUUAAGAAAAUUACUUCUAUAUAAACUAAAUUCUGUUUUUUAAAACGGUACAGCAGGUUCAUGAAACAAGAUAUAAGAAAGAGUGUGUAUGUGUAGCUCUUCCUGAUGAUAAUGAUCUUUAAUUUUUUUUUCCUUUGGCUUGAGGUGACAUGCCACGCUCCUGCUUUUGAACACUGUGGGCCCAUAUCUAGUAAUAGAUCUAUGAAAAACACUCUGCAGAGGUUUCAGAUACUGUCAGAACAGAAUAACAGGUGAAAGCAGAGAUUGUCUUUUGUGUAGAAUUUUCAUCUGCAUUUUUACCUGUGUUGUAUGCAAUACCAUGGGUCAGUAAGCCUUUUAAAUGUUUUUUUUACAGAAGUCUCAUAUGCUCACCAAGGCUACAUUUAUUUGAUCAAAAAUACAGUCAACACUGAACACUGUAAAUAUUUAAAGGUCAAAAGAACAGUAUUUAUUUGAA